AUGUAUCGUUUUAAAACCCCUCCGAACAGAGAAAACCUCAGAGGAGAACUAUUGGAUCAGAAAGCCGCACCAUCAGAUGGCACAUCUAUUUUGGCUAAAAAAACUUGUCAUUUGAGGCUCCACAAGAAGAAGAAAAAGCUUGAUGUUGAGAGUGAUGAUGAUGGAGAUGAAUAUGAGGACCUUUGGUGUUCAACAAAACUUCAACAAUAUUCAGAACAACUCAACACCAAUUACCAAAAACAGCUCACAGUAUACCAAGCAAAGACGUUUUUAAUAGUUCCAGAGACAACAAGGGAGUUCAUGAAACACGUUAUUGUUGUGCUUGAAGACGAAUUUUCUGUGGAAUCAGAUGAAGCGGAAACAAAAGCGAUUAUGAAUCAACUACAAACUGAGCCACCAUCUCUCUCCGAAAAUGAAGUGCAGGCAAGAUUUAUAACUAAUUUGACAAAUGGCUACAUUUAUUCUCCUUUCCUAAUGUUCAAAAAUGCUAACGCGUACAUUCUUUCGAACCCAUGGGAAUCUACGAUUCAACAAUUCAUGAGUUUGUUGUUCUUUUAUCCCAUCAUGCAGGAGAAAGCAGGCGUUUUUGAAAUUGGAACGGCUGAAUUAAAAGGUCAACAAUAUUUAGAAAAAUCUCUUAAAACAAGAAGACAAUGGCUUUCUGAGGAGCUAAUAGACAAAACAACUCUCUACCCCGAAUUUUUUUGUGUUAUCAAGAAGUUAUCAAAUCUUGUACCAACUAAAGGACUUACAUUUUUCGUGGUGAUAAAGGCUUGGUUGGAGGCUUUGCAAAUAGAUGAAUACCUAUCUAUUGAAAAUGCAAAGAAUAUUAGAGUAUAUGGAGCUCUAAUUGCGAACUUUUCAAUAUCAUUCAUUGAAAUGAGAAUGGAGUUCGAAGAAAAUUUUGAGUACGUGGAAAGACAAAACAUUCCACCUUAUACGUACAGAAUUAAGGUUUCCCCUAUUUUGAAUUUAUGUGAGAUUGGUGAUUUAUGUAUUGCUCUACAGUAUAUUGGAAACAUUAUUGUUAUGACAAGGUGUAUUCAAUUUAUACCAGUCAUUUCAAAUUUGGACACGCCGUCAUUUAAUACUGUUGGUAAAACUAUUAAUACAUCAAAGCUGUAUGAGAAGAUGUUGAGAACUAUAAUUCAACAUGAUAGCUUUAUAUAUAUAUUUGGCGUACAACUUGUUACAUUUGAGUCACAGGACAGUGUGUGUGAAUAUUUGAAAAUAGCAAAAUUAUAA